UUUCCCUGAGUGGCUCCUCAUAAGGGAAGCAUUUCUGCUGGCUCUAGGACUUUGGCCAUCUAUAAAGCCUAGCGAUGGAAAAUAAGGAAAUUCUCAAGGAAGAGAAGUUCUUAGCUAGCACCGAAGACAGAGCUGCCCUCGACCAAACCAUGUUUCCUGCAAUGGAGACCUUUGAAAUCAGUGAUACAAAGCCGAAGAGGCCAAAUGGGAUGAAGUGCUUCAUGGCCCUGGUACUCACCUACCUGAUUCUGCUCUCCGUGGGUGCUGGGUUCUUGGUGAUGAAAGUUCUGAAUCUGCAGGAACAGCUCUGGGCCCUGGACAUUCACUUCGAGAAUGAAACACUGGCCGCUGAGGACAGCCUGUUCUUUACCCAUUCGGAGCCUGUCCGUCACCUGGCUGUGGGUGCACCAAAGCUGCAAGUCCUGCAGGCCCAGCUCAUAAAGGUCCACACCAGGCAGGAGUACCUGCUGCGGCAGAUGGACAACUUCACACGGAACCCAGACCAGUUCCGGACCAAAGGCGAGCGCGGCGCUCCAGGCCCCCCAGGACCCCAAGGCCUGCCAGGAAUCAAGGGAGAAGCAGGCCACCAAGGACCCAAGGGCGCUCCAGGGAAGCAAGGAGCCACUGGACCUCAAGGAGAGAAGGGCAGCAAAGGCGAUGCGGGUGUCAUUGGCCCGCAAGGGAAAACUGGCGCUAAAGGAGACAAAGGAGACGUGGGCCUCCCAGGAGUCAUGGGCGUGAAAGGAGACAUGGGGGUCGUGGGACCGCCUGGAGCCACAGGCAGUAAAGGCGACCCGGGGAAACCAGGCCCCCCAGGUGUGGCUGGAAUUCCUGGAAUGAAAGGAGAUCAAGGACACCCCGGAGCAGAGGGGCUUCGAGGCCUUCCGGGUCUGUCAGGACCCCCAGGUGCCAAGGGGGAGCCUGGCGAAGCUGGUGCCACUGGUCUAACAGGACCACCAGGGAUACGCGGGAUUCCAGGAGCUGCAGGCAUGAAAGGAAGCAAGGGAGACACAGGACUUCAAGGAGAGAAAGGAACAAAAGGAGAAUCAGGAUUUCCAGGCCUUGCAGGCAUGAAGGGAGAUAGGGGAAGCCCAGGCCCGGCAGGCCCCAAGGGUUCACCUGGACCAGGUGGCCAAAAGGGAAACCCAGGAGAGAAAGGAUCUUCUGGGUCGCAAGGAAUAAAGGGAGAAAAGGGUCAAAAAGGCGAAUCCCAAACACCUGUCAGGAUUGCUGGCUCUCUGAAUCGAGGCAGGGCUGAAAUUUACUAUAACGGUAACUGGGGAACAAUCUGCGAUGAUAGUUGGGACAAUUCGGAUGCCACUGUCUUCUGCCGCAUGAUGGGCUUCUCCGUGGGAAAGGCUCUUUACAACGUGGGAGCUGGCACCGGGAACAUCUGGCUGGAUGAUGUUGCCUGUCAAGGGACAGAGAUGAACCUAUGGAACUGCAACAAGAGCAACUGGGGCUCUCACAAUUGCAACCACAGUGAGGACGCUGGGGUGGAAUGCAGCUGACCCUCCCCAGGCUUCUCAGUGCUCUGCUCCGAAGGUGUCUGCAGUCAUAGGCACUCAUCCCACCGGGGGGUAGGCCAGUGCUCUCUGAGGGGUUUCCUGGGAGUGGUCGAGCAGCUUGUGGGGUGGGGUCAUUAAUAAAGCAUAAAGUGUUACCUGGCAACAUCACUGGCUGUGGCUGAGAUCACUAGCUCAUACCUCCCGUAUCCCCCACACAACGUUUCAUUGAGUUCUACAUGCCCCUGUACCCGGGGACAGUGGGGCCUUCACUUAUAGCCAGGGGGAGGGUGGAGGUACAGGGGGAGCUACAUGCGAUGUGGAAAGUGAAGAUCACCCCGAGUCAAAAUCAUCCGUGACCAUCCCUUCAAUCAUUGAAAUGUAGCGUCUCUCACAGCGAGUUCUCCCUCCAGCACUGGAGCUGUUGGCCAGCAAAUGAAGAGGUCGGUGGGCAUGUCAUUGGCACCAUGUUGUAUGAUAAAUAGGAAUUGUACCUUUAAGCAUGAAAAUUAGUUCUCAUUAAGAUGUGAGCUCCAUAAAUGCAGGGACUUUUGUCUGUUUUAUCCAUCCCUGUCAUGGCACAGUAAAUAUUUACUGAAUGAAUGAAUAAACCAAGAAAGGAAAGCAGUUCA